CUCUGUCACCCCAUGGGAAAAAUGUCCCGAUAGCCAAUCAGCUCAAAAUCCCACCCUUGUGUGAAAUUAGGAUCAGCUCAGAAGAGAAAACUGGAAAAUCGGAAUUGAAACUGGGAACAGAGAACAGAAAAUGAAGAUUCAAAAAAGAGAAAAAGCUGUAAGACAGCAGCACUUACUAAUGGAUACAUUAUUUUUAAAUUAGUAUUUUUUUUCAAGAUUCAUUUCAAGUUUUCAUUUUCCAAAUUUUCUAAACAUUUGUUUUUGCAAUUUUUUCUUGUUGCAAAUUUACAGUGUCGUGUUUUCAAAUUUACAUUUUUUAGUUACAAUGCUUGUUUUCCAAGUUUUCUAUCUGGUUUUUCAUUCACUUUAAGCUGAUCCUGAUUUGACCCCAAACACAAACUCAAAAAUCUAAAUUGAAACUGAAAAAGAGCUGAAAACAAAGAAUGAAAAACAAAACAAAAAAGAAAAGUCGAAAGUGCAAAUAAACGUUUAAAAAAAUUUUAGCCGUUUUUUUUUUUCAAGUUUUCAAUAUUAUUUUUUCAAAUUUUCAAUAAUUCCUCCAAAUUUUCAAUAUGUAUUUUCGAGUUUAAAACUGGUUUCAAGUGUUCCCACCGUGUUUUCGUCCACUCUAGCAGAUCCUGAUUGGACCACACACAUUGAGGUGUGCUGCAGUUUCAUGAAGUGCCCGUGAGACGUUCAGGGAACUGGGGAGUUCUCGGAGUCUCCAACUCUUCUCCAAAGGAAACCCUGAUGAGAAAAGCUGUUUGUGGAGAUCCUGAGGGUCCUCUCUGCAGACAGCAGCAGCGGUUCUGGAGGUUCUGGUUCUGGGAUCGGGUUGUUGUGAAAGUUGUCUGGGUUUGCGUUUGCGUGGAAUCUGCGGAUGAUGAUGAUAAUGAUGAUGUCCGCUUUCGGUGAUUCGUUAUUAGUAGUUGAUAUAAAUCAGUGUUUCCUCACUGAAACAUUUCUGCAUCAGGGAAGGUUGAAUGGGGUGUUCAUGCUGCGCAUGUGCGGUGGAACACCGUCAACAGGUCUGGCGCUUGGAGCGCAGACCGAGACACUGCUGAACAGUCGAGGCAGAACGAUGUCGUUUCUGUCGAAGAAGAAGAAGUUUAAAUUUCAGGUGAGCUUCACGCUGGAGGAGCUGACCGCUGUGCCUUUCGUCAACGGGAUGCUGUUCUGCAAGGUCCGCCUGAUGGAUGGAGACUUCCGCGCGCUGUCAUCCAGGGAGGAAGUGCAGCAAAACUGUGUCCAGUGGAAGAGGAGGUUCUCCUUUGAGUGUAAAAUGAGUGCUAACCCUGUUACAGGAGUCUUAGAUCCCUGCAUCUGCAGAGUCUCUGUACGCAAGGAACUCAAAGGUGGGAAAUCGUUCUCAAAGCUAGGUUUUGCUGACCUGAACAUUUCUGAGUUUGCUGGUUCGGGCUCAAACACAGUCCGCUGCUGUAUCCUGGAAGGCUAUGACACCAAAAACUCUCGACAGGACAACUCCAUCCUUAAGGUCACAAUUGGAAUGAAGCUUCUGUCUGGAGAUCCUUGUUUCAAAACGCCUCCUUGUACAGCUAAAUCUAUUAGCAUUUAUAAUGAGGAUCCCAACCUGCAGCUGGACUGUAAGGGGGGGAGCAGCAGCACCAGCGCUCAGCCUCCUGGGGGGAGAUCAGAGGGAUUCUGGGCCUUGAAGCACAAGUCUGUGUGUAGUUCAGGACUGCUGGAGCAGGCAGAGAACGUACCUGAGGCCUUCUGCAAAGGCCACGCCCGUGCAUCCAGCUACACCAGCCAGCAGAGCAGGAUAUCAGGGUACAGCAGCAGUCACUCUCGCUGCUCCAGCCUGACUGACCUCAGUCACCACAGAAACGCCUCCUCUAGCAGCAGCGUCUCCUGCGGAGCAGCCCAGUCUUCUCCGAUACCCCCGUCUACCCCCACUGAGCCACACCAGCAAGAGACUCCCACCAAACCAGAAAGACCCCCUCCACCUUCUGCAGCAGCCAUCAUGUCCACCAGAUCCUCCAGCUCCAGGAGGAAAAAGGACACAGUUGGACGUCAACUCAGCAAUGUGGACGAAACCCGUGUGGAUGCUGAUGACAUUGUAGAAAAAAUUAUACAGAGCCAGAACUUUUCUGACAUCGGCAGCAAUGAAGACAGCAACUUGAGAUUGUUUGUCAGCAAAGAUGGUACGGUUGCUCUUAGUGGGACACACAUUGCAAACAGAGAAUCUCCUGGUGUUUUUGAGCCUGUGGUCAUUGAAACUCGUUGAGAGAACCUGGACUUCACUUCAUGACACUGUUCAGACCGUGGAACAGCACUCCUCUGUUAGAGAAAUGACCUGUCCUAAUGUUUGUUACAACUUUUGCUGUACCGUGUUUAGAAUAUGAUAUUUAUACUUUGACCAUAGAACAAGGGGAACACAGGUUGGUUAGCUACUCUUCCAGUUUGAUGAAUGUCUGACUGCAGACGUAUAGUUUUUGACGUGUAAAGUAAAAUUCAAUUCUAUAUCAAUGGUGUUAGGCUACCGUAGGUGAACAACAGACGGGCAACCUGUUCAGAAUGAACACUGCCUUCGUCUAACUGUAGCUGGGAUGGAAUUAGCAGCUCUGUGACCAGCAGGUUCAGUGGAUGGAUGGAUGGUUGGAUGGUUGGAUGGUUGGAUGGAUGGAUGGAUGGAUGGUUUGUUCCAUGGAUGGAUGGUUCAGUGGAUGGAUGGUUCUAUGGAUGG